CCUCGUCCUCGGGCGCGCGCGGGGGGAAGGCGGCGCGUGCUGACGGGAGCGCGCUCGGGCUCGGUGGCGGCGCAGCGGGGGGAUUGUUUGCGCCGCCGCUCGGGGUCCCUCCCCGCCGCUCUCCCCCCUCCCUCAUCAUCACCUUCCUCCUCCGCCGCCUCGCCGUGCCCCGCCGCCGCUGUCGCCCCCGUUUCCGUGUCGGGCCCCCACCCCGCAGCCAAUAUUCCGGAGAUCAAGCGCUACGCGGCCACGGCGGCGGGGCCGGCGGUGGGGCCCGGGCCGGUUGUCGGGGCCGGCGGUGACCGCAGCGAGGCCACCACCGCCGCCAUGGAAGCGUUGGGACCCGGGCCCCCAACAAGCCUUUUCCAGCCACCCCGUCGCCCAGGCCUGGGAACUGUUGGGAAACCCAUCCGCCUCCUGGCCAACCAUUUCCAGGUUCAGAUCCCCAAGAUUGAUGUCUAUCACUAUGAUGUAGAUAUUAAACCAGAAAAGCGCCCUCGAAGAGUCAACAGAGAGGUGGUGGAUACUAUGGUGAGACACUUCAAGAUGCAGAUAUUCGGUGAUCGGCAGCCUGGAUACGAUGGGAAACGGAACAUGUACACAGCACACCCCUUACCUAUUGGCCGGGAUAGAGUGGAUAUGGAGGUGACGCUUCCAGGAGAGGGGAAGGACCAGACAUUUAAAGUAUCCGUUCAGUGGGUGUCAGUCGUCAGCCUUCAGUUGCUGCUGGAGGCUCUGGCAGGGCACUUGAAUGAAGUUCCAGAAGAUUCUGUACAAGCACUUGACGUGAUCACACGGCACCUUCCCUCCAUGAGGUACACUCCUGUGGGUCGCUCCUUUUUCUCCCCUCCUGAAGGUUAUUACCACCCUCUGGGUGGUGGCAGGGAGGUCUGGUUUGGUUUCCACCAGUCAGUCAGGCCUGCCAUGUGGAACAUGAUGCUCAACAUUGAUGUGUCAGCAACUGCUUUCUAUCGUGCUCAGCCUAUCAUUGAGUUCAUGUGCGAGGUCUUGGACAUUCAGAACAUCAAUGAGCAAUCCAAGCCUCUUACAGACUCCCAGCGUGUCAAGUUUACCAAAGAAAUCAGAGGUCUGAAAGUAGAGGUUACCCACUGUGGCCAGAUGAAGAGAAAAUACCGGGUUUGCAAUGUUACUCGGCGACCAGCUAGUCAUCAGACGUUUCCUCUGCAGCUGGAAAAUGGGCAGGCUAUGGAGUGCACAGUAGCUCAGUAUUUUAAGCAGAAGUACAGUCUGCAGCUGAAAUAUCCUCACCUUCCCUGUCUCCAAGUAGGGCAGGAGCAGAAACACACGUACUUACCACUUGAGGUGUGUAACAUAGUGGCAGGCCAGAGAUGUAUAAAGAAGCUAACGGACAAUCAGACAUCGACUAUGAUAAAAGCAACUGCAAGAUCUGCACCUGACCGCCAGGAAGAAAUCAGCAGACUAGUGAAAAGUAACAGUAUGGUUGGUGGACCUGAUCCCUACCUGAAGGAGUUUGGUAUUGUUGUCCACAAUGAAAUGACAGAGUUGACAGGCAGAGUUUUGCCAGCACCAAUGCUGCAAUAUGGAGGCAGGAACAAGACUGUGGCCACACCAAACCAAGGUGUGUGGGACAUGAGAGGCAAACAGUUCUAUGCUGGCAUUGAGAUUAAAGUUUGGGCUGUUGCCUGUUUUGCUCCUCAGAAACAAUGCAGGGAAGACUUACUAAAGAGUUUCACAGACCAGCUGCGCAAGAUCUCCAAGGAUGCAGGGAUGCCCAUCCAAGGCCAGCCCUGCUUCUGCAAAUAUGCCCAGGGUGCCGACAGCGUGGAGCCCAUGUUUAAACACUUAAAACUCACUUAUGUUGGUCUGCAGCUGAUCGUGGUGAUUCUACCUGGAAAGACACCCGUGUAUGCUGAAGUGAAGCGGGUUGGUGACACUCUCCUAGGAAUGGCCACGCAGUGUGUUCAGGUAAAGAAUGUGGUAAAAACCUCACCACAAACGCUGUCCAACCUGUGUCUGAAGAUCAAUGCAAAGCUUGGAGGAAUCAACAAUGUGCUGGUACCUCAUCAAAGGCCCUCGGUGUUCCAGCAGCCAGUGAUCUUUCUGGGAGCAGACGUCACCCACCCUCCUGCUGGGGAUGGGAAGAAGCCUUCCAUCGCUGCGGUGGUUGGCAGCAUGGACGGGCACCCCAGCCGCUACUGUGCCACAGUGCGCGUGCAGACCUCGCGCCAGGAGACCUCCCAGGAGCUGCUCUACAGUCAGGAGGUGAUCCAGGACCUCACUAACAUGGUGCGAGAACUCUUGAUCCAGUUCUACAAAUCCACUCGUUUCAAGCCCACAAGGAUCAUUUACUACAGAGGGGGAGUAUCAGAAGGACAGAUGAAGCAGGUAGCUUGGCCAGAGCUUAUAGCAAUCCGGAAGGCCUGUAUUAGUUUGGAAGAAGAUUACAGACCAGGAAUAACCUACAUUGUUGUGCAGAAAAGGCAUCACACCAGGCUAUUCUGUGCUGACAAAACUGAAAGGGUGGGUAAGAGCGGCAACGUUCCAGCAGGCACUACUGUGGACAGCACGAUCACACAUCCUUCUGAAUUUGACUUUUACCUCUGUAGCCAUGCAGGAAUUCAGGGAACCAGCCGCCCCUCUCACUACCAGGUCCUGUGGGACGACAACUGCUUUACCGCAGACGAACUGCAGCUGUUGACAUACCAGCUGUGUCACACGUAUGUCCGCUGUACGCGAUCCGUCUCUAUCCCAGCUCCUGCCUACUAUGCCAGGCUGGUAGCGUUUAGAGCCAGAUACCAUCUUGUGGACAAGGAUCAUGACAGUGCUGAAGGCAGCCAUGUGUCAGGACAGAGCAAUGGCCGUGAUCCUCAGGCUCUGGCAAAAGCAGUGCAGAUCCACCAUGACACUCAGCAUACGAUGUAUUUUGCUUGAGAGCAUCUGGGAAGAUGAGGCAAAACCAACAACCCGUGCAGUCCUGAAAUGUUUUGAAUGCCUACUGCUAUAGCUGGGGCCCAGUUGAUUUCAGGCUGCCCAUUACCAGCAGCUCUGACCAGUCGCACUGAAUCUGUACUUCACAGCAAUGUCUGAUGCACCAACAUAAUUGAGCCAUUUGUUUCAUUGUUUUCUGUAAUAGAAAUUCAUAGACUUGUCUUUUCUGAUGCAUUGGACUGAAUUUUUACCUCAAAAGUGUAAAAGGCCGAUCAUCCUGACAUUUUUAAAGGAUUUGGCACGAAAGGUUUCUAUUGAAUAUUUUGCUAGCUAUCGUUUUUGAGUUCUCUUCUCAUCCCAUGAGCUUAACAUGACGACUUGAUUCCCCGUCUUCACGCCCUGCUUAGUGAGUAUGCAUAUUGAUGGCAAAAUGUUUUUCUCCGGUUCAAUGUAAUUGUUCUAUUGUGUGGGGCCAUAGAUUUUUUAAUGGAGAUUUUAGACUUCACUACUGUAAAUGCCUUUUAUGGAACGUAACUUUCACAGGUAUUGCAGUUUUUUGUCAGUUUUACUAAGUAUCUUUUUAAUCUCUGCAGACUUCGGCUGCGAAGCAAUUGCACUAUACUGCGAGUUCGACUAGGUGGUUCUUGUUCUGUGAAUGUGUAAUAUAAACAGAUAGUGAUGCCUGUCAGUAGAUCUUAAUUCUAAUGGUUAUAAAUAAUACUGCCAUGGUAUCGUAACAAGUACUGAACCAUCAUUUCCCCCCUCUAAAAAUGAUAAAAAAAAAGAAAACACAAAAAAAUUAGCUUUUAGGUAUUUUGCAGACUUUUACAGAAGUGCCCACUUGAUGCUGCUGUGUGGUUUGAUAAAUCUAAGGGAUUUUAAAACUUUUUUCUCCUAGAGGGUUUAACUUUGGCAAUAAAUCUUUGUUUUUUAAGCCCCCCCAACAGUGUAAUUUUCUAGCUGAGGAUUGUGCAUGAGUCGAACCGACAUUCUCGUGUCGUUUUUCUGAACACACAAUUUGGCAGUUUCGGUAACGAAUUGGGAAAGAUGCAUUUCCAUGCUUUUUUUAAGACUUAUUUUUAACUGUUUUAUAUUCACUGUUGGUGUCCUGUCUACAGCAUUUUUUAUAAGCUUGGAAACUGGGUGUUACGUGUAGGAAAGGCUUGCCAAUCUGUACAGUCUACAUGUAUUGUGUGACCGGCAACCUACUUGCUACCAGCAUUUUCAACUCUUUGGUUUUCUCUUCCCCUGGAAAUCUAGGUUGCGCACACAACUGCAUCCAACAGCAUGUUUAACCAACGUAACUCUCAUCUACUGAUUCUGUCCCAGCCUAGAAGUUAGGGUUUUGGUUAAUCUGCUUGGCUUUGUUUCAGCUGCAGUGUAGAAUAAAGAAGAGGGGCUCGGUUUCACCGGAUGCUCUCGGAAUCCGUGAACAUGGUGUGUUAAGACUAGAUCCCCCUUAGUGUUAACCUGAGCUAGUGCAGAUUAAAACCUUCUUCCUAAACUGAGGAGAGCCGACACCACUACUUCAGUAACGGGAGCUGAAGUCCAAGGAUUGCACUGUGGGCUCUGAUGCUCGUGUGGGGUUUGCUGCUAAGUUGUCUGCUGUUCCAAAGCAUAGGAACCAGCCCCCUCAAAAUUUCAGCAAUAUGAAAUGCUGUUUCCUUCAAUCUUUAAGCUUGUAAAUAAAUGAAAGUUUACAUUUCUAGCCGCUGGGGGUUACUUUCAGUUGUACCAGAGUACACUGAACUUAGACUUCAGACAGUUUUAUAACCACCUUUCAAGUAGGACGUCUCAUGAAAUUAAGUUGAAACUUUUAUUCCUUUCUGUUGCAAAUGGGACUGAAGCAAACUCUGCUCCUGGCACAUGCUGAGGGCAGGGUUAGAUUGAAAGGAAAAAAGAUUCUUUUUGAAGUUUUUUUAAUUCUUUUUUGUUUAAAGAAUACCUCACUUGUGUAAUAAAAUCAGGACGUGGGUGGGAGACUGACCGCUGCUUCAGCUGGAUGGCUGCUUUCUCAGUACUCGUUCAGGGAGAACACAAAAAACCCCCCUUGUUAGAAUGAACUCUGACUGACCCAACACAAACCAGAGAACUUUGGCACCUUGAAAAGAAACUGAGCGCCCUUUUUAGGUGGUAAGAUCAAGGAUCACUAUUUUGAGUUUGUGCACUAGGCAAGAAUGUGGCUGGUUUAAUGGAGGGUGCGUAAGGAAGAUGUAGUUUGUAGUUGUCCAGUGCCAAGCACUCCUAGUUCGGAUUGAGUGAAGCGAGAGCCUCUCCUUUGUUUGCCUGGGACCGGACUCGAUGUUUAACCUCAGGCUAGGUGGGUUGUUAGACCUCGCCUUGGGAGGAGAGUCAGGACUGUGGCAUGGUGGUACCGGUAAGACCAACACUGCGGCAGUUCCUGCACAGGUCUGAGGCCACAAAUGGAGGUUGGGCUUGACAUCUGGAUUAGCCCCUUGGGCCUGACUGAAUCGUUAUGCAUGUGUCAAUCAAUGGGAAGAUGUGCAUUCUGUAGAUGUAGUUCUUAGGGUGUUUUGGGUUUGGUUUUUGUUAUUUUUUUAACUAAAUAAAGCCUGUUGGCCACUGUUUAGCUCUGUGGUGUGAAAGAGUUUAAAUGUAGCAAUGUUUAACGAGUUGGGCAGGGGGUGGUUGGUGUUUGAAACCACAAAAGGGGGGCAGAAAUCCUGUUUUCAAGCAGUUCUGCUUGCUUUGUGAACAGCUGCAUUCUGAACAAGCGCUGGUGAUGGUUUUGAAGGGCCUGGUGCUUUAUCUGUGCUCUAAGUACUGCAGUUGGCUGCAUCCGAAGGGCACCGGAGGUGGCUGCUCGCAGCACAGCUCUGCUCCCAGGUCAAACCCCACCAGCAGCUCUAUUCUGUGCAUUGGGGACCUUGUUCAGAUCCAGUGUUUAACACAACCCACCCCCAAGCUCCCUUUGUGGAUGUGCUGUAGGAGUUUUCUUGCUCAAUAGCAAGGGAGUCGCUCUGCUUUCAUUUUUGGAAGGCAGGGUUUGGAGGGCAUUGUAUCAAUCCUGUUCUGACUACAAGGCUUCUUCCUUGUGCACUGGAGGAAAGACCUUGAAAUAUCACAGAUUUUCUUAUACCUUGCUAUUGACAUUUUCAUAUUUCUAUGUCUAGAGCUGAAACUUCAAUGUAAGAUGUUUGCAUUUGUUCCUUUGGACUUACGAUGUAAUUCUUUUUGUUUCUAUAUUGUUGGACUUGUAAUGUUGAAACCUGUAUUUUACUAAAUGGGGACUGGAUGUAUGUCUAUAGCAAUACGAGGUACUCUUUCUGAACUGUCCUGGGCAGGUGACAGCCCCACGUUGCGCUAAGAUGCUGGUCGUGUACAACUUGCAAUGUAUUUUUUUUUAGCCUGCAGGGAUAUUUUGUGUUCAUGUGUCCAAAAAAAAGGAAUAAGAAUAAGAAUAAGAAUAAAAAAAGGCAUUCUUGUGCCAAAUGUUGUUUUUCCUUGUUGCUGUCUAAUAAAUGCAAUGUACAGAGUGAGCAACUGCUACUGCUGCCUGUAAACAAAUGUCUUAAAUUAUUUAACUUUUAAUUAAACCUUGUACACUAUGUGUAAGCUGUGGA